AUGACUUCUGGAUUCGCCUCCCUGACCACCCAGCAGCUGAUUGAAGACUUGCCAACCGAAAUCGAAAAAGCAUCGACUCGCAUUGCAUCCCACGUUCUUCAAACUCCACUUUUGGAGUCGCCGUAUCUGGGUGGAGGAACCUGCCGCGUCUUUCUCAAAUUGGAAAGUGAGCAAGUAACGGGAUCCUUCAAGGCCCGCGGAUCAUUGAACAAGAUACUAUCGUUGCCGUCCACUGGUACCGGUACAACGACGCUCGUGACAUCCAGUACGGGCAACCAUGCCCAAGGUUUUGCACGAGCCGUGGGAAUCUUGGAGCAGAGGGGUAGCAGUGGUACUAGUAGCAUGAGGGGUAUCAUUUACAUGCCGGAAACGGCACAACCGGCCAAAAUCAACGCGGUUCGACAAUGCUACCCUCACAUAAAACUAGAGUUUUAUGGUCAAGAUUGUUCGGAUACCGAAGAAAAUGCCCUCAAAAUGGCUCAGGAACACAAUAAUUACAUUUACGUUCCACCCUACAAUGACGUGCAUGUUAUUGCUGGACAGGGGACCGUCGGUUUGGAGAUUCUGGAACAAUCAUCACGACAAGCUGCAAUGAUCGACGUGGCUUUUGUCUGCAUUGGAGGAGGUGGACUCAUUAGUGGAGUAGCCGCCUACUUGAAGGCAAAACGUCCCGGAGUCAAGAUUGUGGGAUGUCAACCGGAGCGGUCGCCCGAAAUGUACCUCAGUGUUCAAAAGGGAGAAUUGGUGUAUUUGGACAAUCCACAACCAACUCUGUCGGACGGAUCAGCGGGAGGGAUCGAAUCCGGAUCUGUCACAUUUCCCACAAUUUCAAGACCUCGUAGAUGA